AUGUAUCGCUCGCUGUUCUCCUUCAGCUCUGCGGAGCGGAACGCGCUGCGCUUCCCCGCGGGAGAGUGCUUCCUCGUGCUCGAGCGCAAUAGCGCGCACUGGUGGCUCGCGACGCGCUGCAGCUCCGGAGAGACGGGAUACAUCCCCGCCGCUUACAUCGAGAAAAUACCGGCUCCAGAGCAGGACGAGGUUCUGCAGUCUAUUGAUCGAGCCAUUGAAGCCAUUCACAACGUGGCCAUGACCAACGGAGGCAAAUACAACCUGGAGCAGAGAAACAUCCUGCAGAAGUUGAUCCACCACAGGAAGGAGACUCUGUCGCGCAGAAGCCCGACUCCAUCGGGUCACCAGCAGAAGAUCCCAUCCUCCUCCAGCGAGGUGUCUCUGAGCCGCGCGCCGCCCAACGGUCUGAGCCGAGCCUACAGCUGCGAGCCGGCGUCCGAGCGUCCCGCUAGCGUUCCUGGACUCUAUCAGGUUCCUCCUCAGCCUCGCAGAGCGGUGCCCGAGACUCCGCCUCCUCCGGAGAAACAUCGCGAAUCACGACGCAACGAUUCAGAAGUGCCACUGAGAGUCUCCUCCACAAGCCCCGCCCCUCUCACCGGACCCUCUCUGUCUGUCAGCUCCGCCUCCUUAGACUCCAGCUCCUCCCAGUCGGGCAUUUCCUCAGUCAGUCUUCCCAGCGUCAGCAGCACUCCGCCCCCCGUGCCAAAACGAGGCAAGGCUCCACCCCCUCCUAUCCCUGACCGAUCCCCUCAGGAAGAGCCUUCAAGAAAGAGCUCACCGGCUCCGCCCCCUCCCGUGCCUGACCACUCCCCUUCUCCAGAUCCUUCGAAAAAGAGGCCGGCGCCUCAGCUAAUCAGUAAACAGCCUACCGUCGAACACCAAUCAGACACAGAGUGUCCACUGGCUCCGCCCCCUGCUUCUCUCAGCCCUCCCGGUAGCCUCACCCCGUCUGCAGCUGUUCCCGUGACGAUCGGAGCAGAACUGAUCGAACUGGUGCGCAAGAACACGGGCCUUAGUUACGAGCUGUCGCGGGUUGCCGUGGGCGUGGUGGUGGGUCACCUGCAGAGCGCGUUGCCGAGGGCGACGGCGGACCUGGAGCAGGUGCUGCUGUCACUGGUGGACAGUAAGGAUCUGGGCGCGGCACUGCCGCUCGGCCAGGUGUGUCACGACGAGCAGCGGCUGCAGGUGAUCUUUAGCGAUCUGGCGCGACACCGCGACGACUCGCAACAGCGCAGCUGGGCUCUGUAUGAAGAUCACGCACUCAUCGCGUGUUACCUGGAGGAGUUACUGCAGAUACUGACUGACGCGGAUCCUGAGGUGUGUAAGAAGAUGUGUCGCGUGAAUGAGUAUGAGGCGGUGCUGUCGCUGGUGUCGUAUUAUCAGAUGGAGCACCGUGUGUCACUGCGGCUGCUGCUGCUGAAGGUGUUCGGGGCGAUGUGCGGCCUGGACGCGGCGCUGAUCUCCACCCUCCUGAACUCCGUCCUGAGCAUGGAGCUGGCCAGAGACCUGCAGACGGACACUCAGGAGCAUGAGAAGAUGUGCUACAGCGUGCUGCUGAUGGCCAUGAUCUUCUGCCGGGGCGAGCAGAUCCCGCUGCAUCACUACGAGCAUCUCAACAGCACUUUCCUGCGGUUCCUGCUGGACGUGAUUGAGGACGGCUUGCCCUCCGACCCCACAGAGCAGCUGCCGGACCUCUUCAUCAACCUGCUGCUGGCCUUCAACCUGCACCUGAGCGUACCGGAGUGCAACAUGGUGAUGCAGGCGCUGAUCAAGAGACACAAUGUGAAGAUUCUCACUGAGAAACUCUUGUUACUGCUCAACAGAGGAGAGGACCCGGUGUGUGUGUUUGAUCACACUCCUCCAGCGCCGCACUCAGUGCUAAAGUUCCUGCAGGAUGUGUUCUCCAGUCGAGACACGUCUGAUAUCUUCUACCGCACCGACCUGAUGGUGAUGAUCGACAUCGCAGUGAGACAGAUCUCAGACCUGUCGCCCGGUGAUAGAAUGCGGAUGGAGUAUCUGUCUCUCAUGCUCGCGAUCAUGCGCUCCACCGACUAUCUGGAGCACCGGCACCGGCUGAGCGACCUGCAGGCGACGCUGCAGAGGAUCCUGGGAGAAGAGGAGGAUUGUGGGGAGGAUCGGGACUCCAGCAGAGCCAUGGACAAACUCAUCGUGCAGCAGAUCUACCAGGAGUUUCCUCAGAUCUCCAGAAGCUGAUUAACCCCAGUCUGCAGAGCCCUGGCUAGUCUUACAGCUGCUAGCGCUAGUGUCCGCCAGCUUUAAUUAACCCCUGCAGUCCACAGUAUUCAUCUGUCAGAGUUGUGCUAAACGAUCUAUUUUUCCUCUUAUGUUUUUGUUCAGAAGGGAAAUGGUAACAGUAUAUUUUCUUAACGCUGAAACACUAAUAAAAUGCUGCCAUGCUAAUGCACCUAAAACAAGCGUCUGUUAUAUGUGACAGAGACAGACUGUUAAUAGCCAUAGCAUUAAAAAUACAAAGUGCAGAGUAAUUACAUACUUCACCCAUUUAACCCCACCGCUCACGAUAGUGACCGCAGAGAAGCUUUUCAUUCAUAAAGAUCUAAAAACCUUACUGACUGGUGCUUUAGUGCACUUCCUGCAAAUAUGGAAACAAUUAAGGGUCUCAAUUAAAUAUGUGCAGUGUCACAUGAUCAAAGCAGCUUAUUUCCUGUUUGCACCUUGAGAAGAUGAUGACUGCAUCAAAGCUCCUAAACGAAAGGCUAGUAAAGUGUUAACAUACAGAUAUGAGAAAGAUUUGUGGUCCACAUUAUCGUUAAGGUGUCUAGUAUUAAUAUAUGAAUUCACAUAUAUUUAGUUUUGUUGCGUGUGGUCACAGAAUGAGUAACAUGCUGACGUCACAAUAGUGAGCGGUGGGAUAUCAGUGAGCUUAUAAAUACAAAUGCACUUAGUGAAAAUUGCUCUUAAAUGUUGCAACCACAAAUUAAAAGUUCAAAUGUUACAAAUAAGUUGCAAUAUUGAUGUUGUAACACUGGUAGCACUAAUAUAAAAAUGUAUUAAAAACCUUGAUAUAAGGUACAAUAAAGUAACAAUUUUGAAAUGU